AGCUGGAUGUCCGGUCCCGGAUCUCGCGCAUCUCCGUCCGCCUCUCCGCCGUGAAUCGGACGGCGGUCCUCUCUUCCCCCGCCGCCGCCCGACGACGACCCAGCAGCAGAAGAGUGACACGGCUAUGGGAAAUCACCAAAUAAGUGAAUCGUGCAAUAAUACGGUUUCCAGACCUUCAGGAUCCUCGUCGUCGCCGCUUGUAAAGAUUGACUCAAUUGUAAUCGACCUCAGCCAUAUUGCUAUGCAGAAGCUUGAAGAGGGAAAAUGUCACCACACGUUCUCUAUUCGUGGAUAUGUUGCAGGGAUGAGAGAAAAGGACAAGAAGGCGUGUUUGCCCUUUGCAACAUCAUGUGAUGAUGAUAGUACUGUUUCGGAGGUGCAACUUCCUCCCCUAGUUGUUCCCAAGUUUAGGUGGUGGCGUUGCGAGAACUGCGUUAAGGAUCUUGUCACCGAUGAAAAUGCAAGAAAGGAUCUUGGUGGUGGGCAGACCUCUCUUCGCGGUCGCAAACGUUCCCCGUUUAAGUGUAAGCCGGGUAGGGCUAGUAGUGACGCAGAAAAGCCAGCAUCUGAUGUGGCGGCGCGCGCUCAAACUUUGGAUAAAGGUGAUGAACCGAAAGCUGCUUCUUGUUCCAAUGCAUCAUUAUCCCAGCAUGCUAAAGAAGUAAACUUUGAAAGUGGAGUUGUAAAUGCACAUGUUGAUGAAGUUGAACCUGAACGGGUCAGAAACAAGGAGAUGAGUAGCGGAGAAGGACUAAAGAUUAUAUGUUCUAAUCAAGACUUGGGUCAAGAAGCACAUAAAAAAAACCAUUCGGAUGAUGAUAGAGAUAGGGGUGUUUCAUUACCUCGUGAGUCGCCGUUGACCACCAACACAAGAGAAGAAGCUGUUGGUAAUAGUUUGGGAGAACAAGGCAUUGAAGGGUCAUCCGAAAGUGAUGGGGAAACUGGAAAGGCCAGGUUCCGUUUGCUUACUGAUUUAUUAAGUGGGCAAACCAACCCGGAGAAUACUACCAGCACAAACUCUGCACAAGCUUCCCUUGGCCAAAACCCAGUUGCAUACUCUGAUGCAGGGACAGCUGACCUGGAGAAAGGUCAUAGGAAAAGGAAGAUUCCUCAAGAACCUGAGGGUAAAGUAUCGGAGGUGGGUUCUCGAGUUAACAUUGUAAAGAAAGCUGCCAUUGAUAUUCCUGAUUCACAACCAAAUCCAGCCCGGCAAACCAAACGCAGAACUGAGAAAGAACCGGGAGUGGUGAAAAAGAGAAAUAAACUGAUUCAUGUAGAUGGUGGAUGCUCUUCAAUAGUUCCUUGGCCAACAACGCCCGUCGGAUCGGGUGAUUUGAAGAAAAAUGAAGGGACUCUAGUGGAGCAAAACUUGAAAGCUCUUCAACCUCCAACGGAGUCCAAGAAGAGCUUUUCAGCGAUCAAUAACAGCAGGUUUUCCGAAACAGGAUACCUUCCAACUUGGAUGGGAGAAAGUUCAGUGAAAAGGAAGAAUGCCGAACCGUGGCUCCAUUCACCAGUUGGGAACUAUGAGAUACCGCGCGCUGUGUCAGGUAAAGUUGGGUUAGAUUUGUCCCUUGACAGCUUUAGGGAUCCAAAGGCAAGAAGCAUGGAGAUUGAAUUUGACCAAAAUGGUAAUCUGAAGAAAGGAGAUAAAACAAGUGAUCAUAAGAGGAAGAAGGGAACUUUAAUAAGAGAAGAAAAUGACACACUUAAAGCAGACUGGCCUUCUUUAAAGGGAGGAUUAUUAUGUGACCUUAAUGCUCAAACAACUAUACCUUUCAAUGGGAAGCAAAAAAAUCCAGCCGCGGUUGAUGAAAGAAGUCUUCCUCUUCAUAAGAAAACGGACUAUUCCUUCCAAAAGAAUGAAGUCAAAGAGUUUCGCCGGAGUACGGAUGCAGGUAAUAAGCAUAAAAAAGGUCAAAGGCGCGAUGAGAAAUCUUCUGAACAAGGUCCACCAGAUGACAUACCGAUGGAAAUAGUGGAACUGAUGGCUCAAAACCAGUACGAAAGGGGUCUCAGUGAAAAACCGGUUCAGGCAACAAACGGCUACGGUUGUGCGAAUGGGUAUUCAUCACCAGAUGUAUAUGGAAACAGUUUCACUGCAUGGAAGUCACCUCCUUUGAAUUAUUUUCACCGCGAUCAUGCCAGCAAAACGGUUGAAGAAAACCGGCUUAAAUUGUCAGGCGCACUUCCUCUCAACCAGGCGAAAAAAGUACCAAACGGAGGAAGCAGAAAUGGGUUUCAGUUGGGCGAAGGUGUGAACCCAAUGUGGUUGGGCCCCACCACCAACCCCCCAUUUGGCUUUCCGAACUCCUCUCCUUCUCAGUCAAGAAGCAAGGAAAUGGGUGCUCCAGUUCACAAGGGGAAGACCAUCAGUGACAUAAAAGCCAAUGAAGUGAGAAAGCAAAGCGAAUCUCAUCUGUUUUUCUCAAAACCACAGGAUUAUGAAAGAGCUCAUUACGGCACAUAUAAUAAAAACUUAGGACGGCCAUUGUUGGAGUCUUACCCAAACGAGGCUAUACCCGCAUUGCAGUUGCUUAGUCUCAUGGAUAGGAAUGUGUCGUCAUCCAAUAGGGCUUUCAAUCUUGAGAAACCAUUUGCUCCGUGUGAUUAUCACCCCAGUCUUAACAGGGAAAUGACUCAUAAUUUCUUAGAUAGAUCUUUGUUUUCGUCGCAUCAGCAUCCCAAGCUCUCCUCUGACCUUAGACCUGGCGUAUCUAAUCCCGGUGAAGGCUCCCUCCAAUCUCUACCUCUUGCGCACCACUUUACAGAUCAAUUAUGUUUCAAGUCUCAAGAACAAGAGAAGUCAAGAAGUUCAUAUGCAUCCUCACUGCUGGGAGUAAGCAAGUACCAGAGCCCUGCUUCUUUGAGCAGUUCCCGAGAUAUGGUCCACGGAUCUUUUCCUGUCAGGGAAAUGCCGAGAGGGCAGUUAACCCUCCCUCCACCCAUCACCUCCUUUCCGUUUCAGGGUCAUAUGCUUGAGACCCGGCACAAAUAUUUUGACUUUGGGAGAGGAAACGUCCACGGCACCGUUUGGCCUUCGAAGAGCAUGCCCGAGAGCAAUAUCUGCAGCCUCAACCAGAACCCAGCAGAUUUCAGCAUCCCCGAAGCUGGGAAUGUCUAUACAAUCAGCUGGAAAGACCUGAAAUUUGGGAACAGGGGUUUCAUGAGAGCAGGGAAUGUGAUUAGAAAGAGACGCCCGAAAAUAACCAGGGGUAGAAUGGUAAAAGAGGCACCGCAGUACGUUAACUUGUGAAUGUCAUGUCCUCAGAAGAGGUAAGUAAUUAAAGACCCUAAACAUCAUGAGAAUGUAUAGACAAGUUAUGCCCCUGUGUGUGUUAAACUUGUAUCUUCUUAAAAAACAUCAGAUGUGAAUCUUACUUACAUUUGGGAAAUCAAAGACUUGUAUUAGGUGUUUUAUUGGCACUUGUGUGAGAGUUUUUUUUGCUUGUCAGAAUAAGUUUGAAAUGUAUAU